UGGCUAGGUUCUUCUUUUGUUACUCUGUGGGACCUGCUUCAUCAGGGUAUUUCGGGUUAUUUUAACGUCUCCUUUUCAUGAGUGAAACCAAUUUUGGCGACAUUUUAACAGUAAAUCCACCAUUAAGAUGGAAGAAAAGCACUAUUCAUCUAUGACGUUUCCUGUGGAAUAUCUUCAACAUUGGAUGCAGUCCGCUCAGCACAUGCAGGCUCUCCAGGCGCUGCAGCUGCAGCAGAUGGCCAACGCUGCCCAGCUCAGAGAGGCCCCCAGGGGUCCAGGAGUAGGGCCCAUGCUGGGGGCCCCGCCACAGCCUAACUUCCACCCCGAACCCCAAUCAGAGACCCCAGCCCCUGUACCAGAAAAGGGGAAGAGGAAGAGGGCUCGGCCCGCUGCAAACAAGGAGCCCAAACCCAAGCCAGAGCCCAAACCCAAGCCAGAGCCCAAACCCAAAGCCAAACCCGGCCCCAAACCCAAAAAAGCCAAGGAGGCCAAGGAAGAGGACGGAAAACAGGAGAAGAUCGACGAGGCCUUCAAGAAGGUGAAGAGGAAGGUGGACCGCUUCAAGGGCAUGUCUGAGGCCGAGGUCAUGACCAAAACCCUGCCCGACAUCCUCACCCACAACCUGGACUUUGUCAUCAUUGGAAUCAACCCAGGACUGAUGGCGGCCUACAUUGGAAGAUGGUUUCCUGGUCCAGGAAAUCAUUUCUGGAAGUGCCUGUUCUUAGCUGGAAUCACUGAACAGCAGCUCAAUCACAUGCAUGACGAGUCUCUGCCAGAGAAGUACAGCAUAGGAUUCACCAACAUGGUAGCGAGGACCACUCCCGGAAGCAAAGACCUCUCAACCAAAGAGCUGAGAGAAGGAGGGAAGAUCCUGGUGGAGAAGCUUCAGAAAUACAAGCCCCGUAUCGCCGUGUUUAAUGGGAAAUGUAUUUAUGAAAUGUUCAGCAGGGAAAUCUUUGGGUUCAAGCCAAAGAAGCUGGACUUUGGUGUCCAACCUCAACCGGUUCCGGAAACUGAAACAGUGUGUUACCUGAUGCCCUCGUCCAGCGCCCGCUGUGCACAGUUCCCCCGCGCUCAGGACAAAGUGCACUUCUACAUCAAACUGCUGGAGCUGCGAGACCAGCUCAAGGGCCUGGCCAAGAGCAAGGAAGUGGAGGAGGUCAAGUACACCUUCGACCUGGGAUUGGCCAAAGUGGACGCUAAGAGGCUGGCCAUUAAGGAGGAGCAGUAUGACCCCGGGUACGAGAACGCCUUUGGGGGGGCGUACUCCGAGUCAGGGGGCGUGCCAGAGGACGGAGCUGAGCAGAGCAACGGACACUGCAGCUUCUCUGCUGCAGGAAAUACUGAUGUGUCAGGUAAGGAGGCCCCUCCCACAGCGGGCGUGGGGAGCGUCCCUGAAGGACAGUGGAUGAUGCACUCCUUCGCCGAUCAGAUCCCCGACAUCAGCGGCACAAAGCCUCAGCUGGGGGCGGAGACUGCGUGAGGGGGAGGAGCCUCUCGGAGGGCAGAGACUGUGUGCGGUAGGCGGAGCCUCUGAGGACUCCUCCCAGGAAAUGCACAAAGGCCGCAGGUGCAGCACAGCUUCCUGUUCAGAAGGCCUUUCCCGAGUUACCUGGGUUACCUGUCAGCAGUGAAGGGCCUCCCCUCAUGCUCACCAGCCAAUCAGGGGCCACAGAAGGAUGAUGUCAUAAACAGCUCCCUCUACGAAUUGGAAAUAGAUUAGUUUACCAUCUUGGGCGAUCACUUUUGAUAAUGGUAGUUUUUAUAUAUACAAAUGUAAUGUAAUACAUUGAUUAGGUUUUUAAAAAAUGCAAUGUUUUGGAGAAUGAGAAGGUUUUUAAGAAAUCUUUUUAAGAGAGUGACAUUUUUUGCAAUAAGUGUGAACGGUCUGCUGCCAGGAAAUGACGGCAGGUUUAAUUUCAGGACUGUCUUAAAUCAGGGAUUUCUACUGAAACUUGACUGAUGCCGUUUGUCUGAGGGCAUCCUGCUGAGACUGCAGGGUUUGACCCUUUUCUUUCCCUCACACACACACAGACACAGACACACACACACACACACACACACACACACACACACACACACACACGGGGUGAAAGUGGUGUGUUAUUCCUCUAACUGAAUUGGCUGCUGGAGGUGCAUUGUCUUAUUCCUCUAACCUCAAUGCUUACACAGCUACGGGCUGGAAACCUGAUAUUUGGUUAUGGUUGUUAGAUUUUUAUUAUGACCAAUUCUAGUAGUAGGUUAUAUAUAUACAAAUACACAAAGUGUAUUGCUCUGAAGAAUAUUUGGAGAGACAUCUCGAUACCACUGCCUCCUGUCUGUACUAUGUCCCUGUUCUUACCUGUCAGUCGCCCAACAGGACAAAACCACUGGCGCUCACCUGCAGCCACAUAGAGCUGCGGUCUGUUAGGAAGAGAAGCUUCCGGAAUAAAAGGCCUCUCUCCCUUCUGAGCUACUGCACAUGCUCAGUGUGCGCUGUGUGCUCACACUGAUCUGUCCGGCAGCCAAAAUACCCGACGGCCUUCAUCAUAUGUUUACAAUAUUUACAUUCUCUUGGUGCUGUAUUUUAUUUUUUGGGUUACUGUUUCUAGUGUAUGUUUUUUUUUUUUAAUGUUUGCAUUUUUUAGAUGGUCUAUUAAAGUCCUGGUAGUGA